CCUCAUUCGAGGAAAAGGAUCCGUAGCCUAUCUAACAUGCAUCUCUGCUCUAUAUUUCUUCAUGUUCUGUAUUUUCUUAAUUAUUGGUUCGUAGCCCUACAAGGGUCAGAACAUCAUACCUCUACAGUUUUUUUGCUCAAAGGAAAGGAUUUAUUCAUGGAAAUAAAUACACAGAAACCCACCGGUCUCUUUUUAUGGCGCUUUAAAACCCAAAAAAGAAUAAGGCAUGAUCCCGAAGGGCGGACCCGUUUCUUUGACAAAAGGGCAAAGUUAUCAACAGAGAAUUACUCAUUACAAAUAGAAAACCUAAGAUUGAAUGACAGUGGAAUUUACCAAGCAGUAGAUAUGGGUGGUGAAGAAGAUAAAGUUAUUGCUGAAUACAACGUCACAGUUCAAGAGCAGGCAUCACCAGUGCACCUGGAAGGGUCGUCUGUGUCCCCCAGUCGUGAAUCCUGUAAUGUGACCGUGACCUGUAGCACUCUGAGCUACUCCUUAAACUCCACCUUCACGUGCACCAAUCAAACCUGCUCUGGGGAUGGAGGAGACACAGCAGAGGUCAUGACCCCUGAUGUCCUGCUGCAACUCUACCUCUCAAAUGGUUUGAUCGUCAUCUGCAACCAUAGCAACAAAGUCAGCUGGUCAAAUGCCACGAUGGAGAUAAAACCUCUGUGUUUUAAAGAUGAUGUAGUUCCUCACAUUGACCACCACCAAAGAAAAAAAAUAAUAAUAAUUUCAAGCUGUCUGGUGUGCUUCAUCAUUCUGUGUGGCAUUCUGGGUGCUCUUUACAAACGGAGGAAAAAGAAUAAACGGGAAAUAAAUUCUCGUGGUAGCGAUGACCGGAGUCCAAACGGUGACCAUUCUCCCACCGUCUACAGUAUGUUAGGACCCUCUUCUAUCCCUUUAGAACCCAAUCUCCCUCAAACAGCCGCUCCCGAAGGUAUUUAUGCCCAGGUUGACAAGCACGGACGUGCUUAGAAGGCUGCUGGUUCAAUCCCUGGCUACUAUAGGCCCGUUCCGACUGAGGGACUCUUCCCUCCAGUGAGCCGCUAUGGGUGUGGCUCGGGGACAGGAUGCGCCCAACUUCACAGUUUAGCGGCUCAGUUAGCGACUCAGGUAUUACCCAACUAGUCUACGCUGAUUGGAUACGGUUAAGGCGAGAUAUGACGUAUGAUUAAGGCGGGAUAUGCGUCUGCCUUUUUUGAGCGUCUCGUCAAUGAUGCCAGGGUCAAAACUUUUGCUAAAUAAUCGCAUAAGGGCUGGAUUUGAAUCGCUGUAAGGCCUCGUUCACCCUACCUACGUCCGUUCGACGGAUCUCAUUGGCUUUGCAUGGGGUGCUCGCGAAAUGCAUUGUGGGUCCGUCCGUCCAUCCGGCUCCGUGGCCUGCGUCAAAAAGUUGAAGAAAUGUUCAACUUUUCAGGCAGCGGCGGUUCCGUCGGCCAAUUAGAUCGCGGCUAUGCAAAUACACUCCACGCGCUUCCUGGAUCCAUUUUGCAAUAACAAGCAGGAAGAAGCAGUAAAAAUCUGGCCAUUAUAUAUUUUUAAAGAAAUGUGGUAUGAUAGGAUUGUUUCUAGUCACCUGUUGUUUGUGUAAUCUUUUGUAUUAAUAUCCACACAUCGGCUUUGUAGCAGGAAGCGAUUUGAUUGGCUGCAGUAUGCGUCUACAAAGGCUAGUGCUGUGUUCCAAUAUCCAUACUAUCCGUAUAUCCGUACUUACUAGCCUUAGUUUGAGUACGUAGGGCGUUCCGAUUCAGAUUGGGCGAAAUAAGUGUACUGAAAGGACCCGGAUGGGGUACUCAAAACGGUCAAAUCGCGAAGUGUGGAUCGAUGUACACUUUUCGUACUCAACGGCAGCCAUCUUAGCUACGUAGCGGAAGAGGGCGGAGCCAGGCUGAGCCAAAGUCAGCGCAUUUUCCACAUAGCCUGCAUUAAUAGAGUCAUUUUGUAGUUUUUAUAGCUUUUUAUAGCUGCUAGGCGUAAAGAGUUCACCGUUCAAAGCGGGAUGUUUAUUGCGGGGGAGGAGCCGCGGCGGCAGUCGUGAUCGUAAUUUCCGGUCAGUGCACCGCGGAGUAUUAGAUUUGGAACAACACUGACAUUUGAAAAUUAGCGCACUUAGUGAGUGUGGAUAGUGUAGGCCUACUACGUUUAAGUUUACUCAUGGAAGUAUGGGUAUUGGAACACAGCAUAGUCCCCUAUACGUCAGACACGCCCUCGGUGAUCCGUCGACGGACGCAAGUAGUGUGAACAAGGCGUGAACGAGGCGUAAGCGUAUCCAACCUGCUGCGACCUGCUGUGUCCUGUGUGCAGACUAGCUGCAGCAUUAUGUGGCUAAAACGCCUGAUAGUGGAAGUCUCCACUAGGGGCAGACCACAGUCAUAUCCGAUCCUGAAAUCAUGCAAAAGCAUGUGCAUUGCGUGCUCAUGUAAAUAAACAACAUGGAGACACUGGUAGAGGAAAAACUGAUCAUUUUACUAAUGUUAAGCCGGCGGCAGAAAAAUGCAUCGAAAGAGUGUUAUAAUACAGGUGUGGGAAAUCGCGGACUAGGUCCGACAGUCUCUCCGAGAAACUUUCCGCCAUGCUAAUAUAACUCCUGACCUCGAGGUCACUGCAAAUUCUCUCGAUCAGCCACAACUUUCUUGUCAGGAUUGCAUCUUGCGGCCGCAUCGUGUUCGCUUGCGACGUUCGCACCAAGCGGUCGCAUAAUACGCAUGGCAGCCAUGAUCCGUACACGUAUGCGGUGUCUGCAGCAAGUCAAUUUCAGCCCUAUGGCAAACUAAUUACGUCACAUUUGAACUCCGUUGGGUAGCCGCUACAAAGGUCCCUGUAUGGGAACGGACGGCGAGGGGAACUCAGUGAGUGGGCGUAGCCAAACAGUGAGCCGCUUUCCAAGAAGUCUCUCAGUCGGAACGCGCCUUAUGUGCCAUGUGUCCUUUGGCUGGAGCAUUCCAGCUUCUGCUUUUGAUGUUAUUUGUACUGUAUUUUGUUUGGAUUGUUACUCUCAACUAUGCCUUUUGAUACUUCUUGUUUUGAGCAAACAGUUAACGGUUAAUGGUUAACUAAUUAUAAUUUUUAAAAGAAUUAGACAGAAUUAUCUAUUUAUCUAAAGAAUCAAAAUGGUGUAAUGCAUUUAAAAGUGCUUUUGUCAUCACUUAACAUUGGUCAUGCAUUUUGUGCGCUUAUGGACUUCAACUUAUUUUUUUUUACAUUCCUGGCACAUUCACCAUUAGUGGCUUAGCAAAAAAGUAUGGGGGGGGGGAAUCAUUGGUUGAAGCAUGUUUAAGUACUUUUUUUUCAAAAUGUAUUUUAAUUAUAAUACAAUUGACGAUGAAAUUGUUUUUACAAAUGUAUGCCGCGUUGUUUAUUUUCAAAAUAUUUUGUAUAUAUAUAUACAUGUAUUUCUUUUUUAUGCAUUUCUUUUUAUUUAUUUUUACUUUUUACCUCUUCAGAAACUGUGUUUGUUAUGAUUUAGAAAAUGUCCUGGAUAAUGGCGAUCUGCUGUAUUCUGCUGAGAUGGUCCACAUCUCAGCAGAAAGAUGCUGAAUUCUGUCCAUCAUUGUGCUCUACAUUUCAUUACUGGUUGUAAAUACUGCACAUCGCUGCACUCUGUAUUCUAGAGCUAAGUGGCCGUCCUUUAAUGUACGCAGGCAUCCCCGCUGGUCGGGUUUAAUUUAUAGAAUCCUCCUCGGACUGGUUCCUCAUUGACUGAAAUAAAAUAAAGCGUUGCUGUGUUAGUGCUUUUUAAACCGCAGCUCCCCUGUUCAGUUGUAUUUGUUUACAGGCCACUCUCGGCCUCUCAGAUAGGAUGGCAACGGCGAUGUGGGGUCCAAAGUCCUAAUGUGGUUUCUAUGUAUUUAUGUCAAUGGUCCUUGUAUAGUGUGUGUGGUUGAUGGAUGGUCACCAUGUUCACAAUGUCAGCAUUCAACACCUGCUCGGCUUAUAAUAUCUUGUCAACUCUUAAAUAAACAGCUUUUACAGUAUCUGUAUCCUGGUUGUCAGAGGAGAGGAGUGAGCUACGUCGGCCUGGAGAGAGCCAACUCUCAGGCUAAGACAUCCCAGGCCAGCGGGUCGAGCGUUCACACAGAACACAGACCUCCUUACUGGAAGCAGGAGACUGGGGGAGGGUCCACUCAGUGCCUGGAGGGAGGGGAUAACCGGAGAUGUGUGCCCCAGUUGGGUCUACAAUAGAAUGGUUAUGUGGAGUUAGUAUCCUAUUGGGCGUGUCCCUCCUCCAUAUGGUGCUUGGUAUCCCUCCUCACACAAACCUGUCUUCGGGCUAACUGCCCUUCUUUGAUGUAACUUGAGUCCUUGUGUAGUUCAGCUCCACCAAUCACAUUACAGCAGAGAUCGACUGUUCUCAAGUCUCCUCUCAUGAUUUCAUAACACCUUCACUUUUUCCAAACAAAUAGUGCUUCAGACUUCACGACAUAAAAUCCAAAUUGGGGCAGCUACAAAAACAUUUAAAACCACCUUGCCUUUUGUUUGUGAUAACUGCAGUCACAGUUAGACUUCCUCAUUUUUUUUAUCUAUGUAAAGGCCUGUCUGUGUUUCUGCUUUUUUUUAUUGCAUGUUUGAUAGGGGCUUAUGUUCAUAUCUUGCAUGUAAACAUUAAUGAAAAAGAUAAUAGUCUGUAGGCAGAUGAUAUAUUAAUGUUUAGCAAUGACAUUUCUAAAUGGCUUGAUUCAGUUUAUAUCAAACAGCACCUACAUUGCAACUUAUAUAAGGACUUCAACUAAUGCUAAGUUCCGUUUCUAAUUGUCAUUGUGGUAUUGGUAUCUUAGUGCUGUUCUCAAGCUGCUUCCAUCACCACUUCCUCUUC